AUUCUGUUUAAUUUUUUUUUACUUAUUCUAUUAAUUUAGACAUGCCCGUCGAAACAGGUGUUUUAAAUGAUAGAUCAAUAUCUCCCAAUGAAGAAUUUAACUUAACAUUUAAUUCAGCCAUGUGUGUUCGAUGUGGAGAUGGAUUUGAAACUGAUGAAAAAAUUGUCAAUACUAAUGGAGAACUCUGGCAUCAAAAUUGUUUUGUAUGUGCCCAAUGUUUUAGACCAUUUCCAGAAGGAAUAUUUUAUGAAUAUGAAGGGAGAAAAUAUUGCGAACAUGACUUUCAUGUGCUCUUUGCCCCUUGUUGUUCUUCUUGUGGUGAAUUUAUUGUUGGAAGAGUCAUAAAAGCUAUGAACAGCAAUUGGCAUCCUGAGUGUUUUACUUGUAACAAUUGUCAACUAUUGUUAGCUGAUGUAGGAUUUGUUAAAAUUGGAAACAAGGCACUCUGCAAAGAAUGCAGCAACAAAGAAAAAAUUGAUGGUCAGAGGAAAAUGACAUGUCAUAAAUGCAAAAGUAUUAUAGAUGAACCAUUUCUCUUAUACCAAAAUGAACCAUAUCAUCCUUACCACUUUAAUUGCAAAUCGUGCGAAAUUGAGCUCAACGCCGACGCCAGAGAAUAUAAAACAGAAUUGUAUUGUUUGAAAUGCUAUGACCGACUCGGUGCAAUACCUAUAUGCGGGGCUUGUAGGAGACCAAUAGAAGAAGCUAGAGUUGUUAGAGCCCUUGGAAAGACCUGGCACCCGCAUCACUUUGUUUGCGGAAAAUGUGAACGUCCAUUUCACGGUUCACGCCAUUACACGUUCAAAGGAGUACCGUAUUGCGAGACCCAUUACCACGCUCUUUUCGGAAGUUCUUGUUUCCGUUGCGAUAAUAUAAUAGCCGGGGAUGCUUUCGCCGCGUUAAACAAGUCAUGGUGUCCCGAACAUUUUUCCUGUUUUGGUUGCGACGUUAAAAUGAAUCAAAAGUCCAAAUUUUUCGAAAUCGACCUCAAACCCGUUUGUAAGAAGUGUUACGAAAGGUUACCUUCUGAAUUCAAGAAACGGCUAACUAACAAUACAUCUUCUACUUAAAAUGCCGCAUUUCUUAUUAAUAUUUAAACGCUUUAAUUUAUUAUAAAUAUAUAUUUAAGAAAUUUAAAUAUAAAACCAAAGACAAUUGUAAAUUAGUUGGGUUCUAAACGUCGUUUCUAGUCGAAAUUGAAUUAGGGCCAAAUUAUCCUUUACAUAUCAAUACCUUUACACCCCACACUCCUCCACAAUUAAUUUUUUUUCUUCUCAUGUAAAAAUUACUAGAAUUAUAGUAUUACUCUUUUUUUUAUAAAUAUUUUUAUAUCCUGGAAACUUACACAAAGUAUUUUUUUAAACUCUUUUUAUAAAUGAUAUCGGGUGGAUUGUACUACAUUUUUUAUUUUAAAAAAGCAUUUCAUGUAUUUCUCAUCACAUUAAAUAAAUUUAAACUUACCGUAGCCCACAUCGGGCUUUAGCUCAUAUUAAGUUUAAGUAAAAUCAAAUAAUUUAUUUUUAAAAAUAUUAUAAAUCUCACAAUCUACCUAUAUAAAAAAUAUUUGUAUUUUAUAUAACUUUAAUUAUUAUUGAUGGAUGGAUAAGAUAACUAAUAAAAAAUAUCGAAGGAAAAUAAUUAUAGAUUUUUA